UUUAUUCCCAGCUUGGAACUGGACCUGGAUUUUAUUUCCUACACCACAAUCACGAAGUGCUCAUUUGUUUUGUAGGUGAGGCAAGAUGGAUGCCAAGGAUAUUGGGCAGAAGGGAAAUUCAGCCAACGAGACACAUGUAGGAGACCAUAUCAACAGUACCUUCCUUCCUUACUACCAACAUUCUCCAGCUGUCGCAGGUCUAUUCAGCCUGGCGUAUCUCAUUGUCUUUCUCUCCUGCAUGGCUGGAAACUCUUUGGUCUACGUGGUAGCAAAGAACCAGCGCAUGAGGACAGUCACCAACUUCUUCAUCCUCAAUCUGGCUGUUAGUGACCUGCUGGUGGGUAUCUUCUGUGUUCCGACCACUCUGAUAGACACCCUGAUCACAGGCUGGCCUUUCAACCAGGUGGUCUGUACAAUGAGUGGCCUUAUUCAAGGAACAUCUGUCUCUGCUUCUGUCUUUACCUUGGUGGCUAUUGCCAUGGACAGAUUCCACUGCAUUGUUCUUCCUUUCCAAGAGAGGCUCAGCCUUCCCAAGGCCUCGGUGAUUAUUAUUGUGGUGUGGUUGCUCUCCAUAGCCAUCAUGUGCCCUUCAGCCAUCAUGCUCACCGUUGGCCAGCUGGAAGGCCACUACAUGGUUCUUGGCAAUGGCAAGAAUGCCACUUACCCCCUCUAUACCUGCUAUGAAGCUUGGUCAGACAACAGCAUGAGAAAACUCUACACAACAAUUCUCUUUGUCCAUAUCUACUUGGUGCCACUGACGCUCAUUGUCUUCAUGUAUGGAAGGGUUUGCCUAAAGCUUUGCAAUUCUACUGUGCCCGUCCCUGAACACUUGCCUUGUGCCAACCGAGCCAAUGGCACCUCCAAAAAGAGAAUCAAGAUCAUCAAGAUGCUAAUCUUGGUCACACUCCUCUUCAUGCUCUCCUGGUUACCUUUGUGGACUCUCAUGCUGUUGGUGGAUUACAUGGAUUUGGCUGAUGAUCACCUGGACUUGCUAACUAGUUACGCCUUCCCUUUUGCUCACUGGCUGGCUUUUUCUAACAGUAGCAUCAACCCUGUCAUUUACGGCUACUAUAAUGAAAACUUCAGAAGGAGCUUCCAGGCUGCUUUUAAGUUCCAGUUCUGCUCCCAGGAAUUGACCAUGCAGGAACCUUAUUCUGAGCACCCACUCGGGCCCAUCAACAAAAUCUUCACCCAGGCAAACUCAUCUAACUCUUCAUCCUUGCAGCUGACUCACCUGUCCUCGAGGAAAACUCAACCCAAGUACCCAAGCCCCAUCUUAGAAGACAUUGAUAAAAGUAUGAGUUACCAUGUUGUUAACCAUGCUUGGAAGAAAACCAGAACUUAAGAACAAUGAAAACAAGGGUGUUAAUGAAAAAAACCCCACCUUUCCCCAUACAUUGCUACUUCUCCUCUUGCCCCCAAAUCUCAGCUGCUCUAUGUUGUAUAAUGUAGAACAAUGUUUCUCAAUAUUGCUGACUUAUAAGGUGUGUGGACCUCAACUCCCAGGAUUUCACAAACUAAGGAUUAUUCAGAUAAGAAGGAAAGCAAAAGAACAUCAACCUUGAUUGAAUAAGGAUAUACAACAUCAUGCCUUGGUUUUAUGACUUCCUAUCAGAGGUGGUAUUCAGCUGGUUCUGACUGUUUCUAGUGAACUGGUAGCGGAAAUUUUGAGUACUUCAGAGAAGCAGUAAAUACCACCUCUAGCUGGCCCUGCCCUCAUCUAUUUGCUGCCUCAUGAGUCCUAGCUGGUUGGUGUCCCACCCGAUUGGCUGGGUCUUCUUUUGUUGCCCUGCACAGAAUGAAGCUGAAAAGCA